AUGUCUUUAUCACUCCCGUCUGAUAGUUCUGGGCGACACACGGCGCCCGUGGAUGAGAAGGAAGCUGCAGCCGGCGCGUUUGCUCGUUCGAAUCCCCCCAGCUCAUCUUCGCGUUGGGACAUGCUGCCGCCUUGGAUUUCGUCGAAUCUGCGGUCGCGGAGAUCUUUGAAGACAUUGGCGCGAUGCUGGCUUGCAUCUUGGGUCUGUUUUGUAAUAUUACUUCCCGAUAAAUCGCUCAGAACCCUGGGCAACACCGCAUUUUUUGCCCUGCUAGGUAGCGUAUUCAUACCUGCGAACAUGCCGAUCCAGAUAUUUGUCUUUUCGUUAUCCACGUUGGUAAUCGGCGUACUGCUCGGAUGGGGUUUUGGUGCUGCAGCCAUGCGCGCCGCUCUUGCUUCGCGUAAUCAGCUUUUGCUCAAGCAGACACUGCAGACGGAGGAGCAAAGUGUCGCCGGAUUGGCUAAUCCAGACGCUAUGUUCCAAGCCAGCAUUUUCGAAGGUAUUUUCCUCGAUACACGCUCAUCCAUCGUGUUCGGGUGCUUCCUCGGUUUCUCCUCCUUCCUGUUUGCCCUCCUCCGCGUCUACGUACCCAAAUUGAUCCUCAUGAGCAUUUUCGCGUCGAUCGCCAUGGACAUUUACUGCAGCUUCGGACCGCUCUUCCCGUUCGCGCAGUACACGAUCUUGAAUUCGAUGCUGACCUCUCUAGCGUGCUACGUUGCGACGGGCUUGGUCGUGAUCGUGUUGCUGUUCCCAGAGACAUUGAAUCACGCGCACCUCUCGUCUACUUCGGUGCUGCUGGGCAAAAUGAAGAGCAUCAUCCAGAUGCAAGACGAGGUGUUGAAUGGCGUGCCUGCGAACCCUGCCGCCGCGUCUGCUUUAUCAUCGAAGAACAUCACUGCGAGGGACGGCAUGAUUGCCAUGUUCCAGCAGUUGUCAGCGCAGCUGAAGUUCAUCAACUCCGAGAUCAGUUGGGGUAAGUGGAAUGGAGACGACAUUAAGGCGCUGGACAAGCCCAUGAUGAUGAUGGUCAGCAGAUUAUCGGCCCUGAGCUCCUUCGCGAAGAUGGUGGGCCAUCCAAUGGCGUCACCUUCAGAGAAAGUCUCGCUGGACGGGUCGGUGUCAGAGUCUUCUGGUGGUGCAGGCGGCUCGGGCGGCGUGGGCGACACCCCGCUCCUCCGACAGAUGCAGGAGCGCUUUCGUUCCGCAGAGGCAGAACACGGCGUCGGGCUCUCGGAUGUACUUCCUGUACUGAAAAACGCCACAGCGGAACUCCGAGAAGGGUGCGCAGACAGCCUCACAGCACUUCAGUCCCUCGUCGAGUGCGUGAACACGAAACGGUACGCACGAGACAAUGUCGCAGACGCGGCCGAUAAGUUGCGCGAGCUCGAAGAGUCGUGCGAGCACCUGAGAUACGCGAUCGGCGAAUUUAAAGAGACGAAGCGUUCACUUCUAGUCGAGCCGUUCCAGCCCAUGCUGCAGAAGACCAGUCCGCGGGAGGAUGUGCCCCUACGAUCGUUGUACAUCAUGUACGUCUUUGCCGCGAACCUCAUGGUGGUGGCCAACGCGAUCCUUUCUUUGGUGGAGGCUGUCGCGGCAACGGCACGCAAACGGCAGAGAAACCAUCUAUGGAUGCCCAAGGGUCUUCGUGCUAUCGCCAAGAUCCUCACCUCAAAGCGCGAUGCCGUUGACCAGGCUAUGGGUAUGGAAGAGAACCCACCGGAGGAGGAAGAUUCGCGUCAGAAAGAGGAUUGGUCUUAUAAACUCGAUCCUGACAGUCUUCCCCCAAAGAACAUCGUCCAGCGAUUUGCGAAUUUCAUUCAUACAGCCUACCAGUGGGCCAAGACUGCUGAGGCCAGGUUCGUUUUCAAGUACGUCGUUGUGACUAUCGCGCUGUGGCUUCCAGCUGUGUUCAAAUCGAGUGCACAUUUCUACUACGUUCAGAAGGGCAUAUGGGCAUUGAUCAUGGCACAAACGACUUUGAGCAUCUAUGCUUCGGAUCAGAUGUUCAACUACGCGAUGCGUCUCCUUGGAACUUUCAUAGGAGCAGUUUACGGCUUGUUGAACUGGUACAUCGGAUCCGCUGAUGGAAACGGAAGCCCGUACGGCAUGGCUGCGAGUGUCGCCGUCUUCCUCGUGCCUCUUGUAUUCUUCAGAAUCUUUGCCCCUCCUCACUAUCUUCCUGCGGUCAUGUUAGCCGGAGCAACAUGGGUUCUGGUCGUCGGAUACUCUUGGAUCGAUGGGCACUUGCUCGUCUUUGGCAACGCCGGUAUUGGAUGGUCUAUUGCCUGGCGGAGAUGGGUAUUAGUCAUGAUUGGUUGUGUUGCGUCGUUCAUCGUGAUGAUGUUCCCGCCGACCUCAGGUCGCGUUGCGGUCCGGUUGCGCAAUGCUUCCACCAUUUCGGGGCUCUCCUACAUUUACGGUCAUCUCAUGUCGGCGUGGAUCCGUGACGCGGAGAUGAGCGAAGGCGAGGAGAAUGGUCUCGCAGGCACGAGUAAAUCAGAUUGGUUACCCGUGUUUCGCGAGAAAUUCCUCAGUGCGGCCGACCAAGUCAGAGCGUUGAGGGCACAGACUGCUAUAGCCAAAUGGGAGGGAACCACACGUGGCAAGUGGCCUUUCGACGACUAUAUGAAUUUGGCCGAUGUGCAGUCAGACAUGGUCGCCAAUCUCGCUUUGCUUGGCGGCGCGCUCUAUGAGCUAGAUGACAAGACCAGAAUAGCAUUCUUGCACACGACGAAGGUCGUCAACCCAUAUUUUAUCAGUGACGUGCUGUCCACUUUCAUGCUGGUGUCACAGUCGCUUCGCACUGGAGAGCCACUGCAUCAAGCUCAGUACCAAAAUCUCCUCGAUCGAGUACACUACCAUGGAGACAUGUCGCACCCGACUUUCGACAACGAAGAUGUGAAAGCCGCAGAACGUCUACAGUCUAUCACAAGCUACGAGUAUAUAUAUUACGCGACCGCGAUAGUCUCUGUCUUCCAACUGCUUGGGAACCUUCACGAACUGCGCAGGAUCACGACGAGAUUGUGCGGCGAGGUCCAGUUUGAAGGGUUUGAGCAGUGGAGACGGAAGCAUGAGAGUGCAGUUAACGCCGUCUAA